AUGUAUUUCCUCCGCAUCGCCACCGUAGCAGUUGCCGCUAUGCUGUCCACCACCGGUCUAGCUUGCAAGUGUUUUACGAAUGGCAACCCAAACGACGGACAGACGCGUACGUGCUGCUCUCAAUACCAUGGUGUUUUCCACGGAAACGACUGCGCGGCCAGCUCCAUCUCGGAACACCUCCGCGGUUUCCGUAGCUGCUGUGGCGGUCAAUCCGACUGCGACUUU